AUGGCGAAGGCAGCCGCGGGGCUCUGCGCCCUCUUCCUCCUCGCUGCGCUGUGCUGCCAGAGCCGGGCGCAGAGAGCCCCAGCCGUGCCGGACAAGUGCUGCUUCAACUUCCAGAUGAGAAGGAUCAAGAGAGACAACAUCGUCGCCUGCUACCCCACCAGCCCCGAGUGCCCGCACCAGGCUGUGAUCUUCAGGGUGAGGAGCGGGAAGGAGAUCUGCACCCAGGCGAGCAGGGCCUGGGUGAAGAAGUACCAGCAGAGCUUCCCAGUCAGCUCCUUCUCCAUUCCCAGCUAG